CAAUUGUGACAAGCCUGCUUGUAACAAGAUAAUAUUAUCUAUAGCCGUGGUCCGUAGUUACGUAGUUACGAUAUGCUAUACAGACAUGUGCAGAAUUGCAGACGUAUCGGUGACGUGUAGUAUACAUUGAUUAGGCGCUAGAAUACUAGACUGAUAUAAAAAUUAUAACGAUUACGUUUGUGUGUUGAAAGUUUGUUUUACAGUUAUAUUGUUUUUUUAUUCAUUUUUCUCGACCGAUUUAAAGUUUGGUCUUCGUUUACUGACUAUAUUCCACUGCCCCACAUUCGUCGACCAUGUCUUUGACCGUGAUCAAAGCACCAUGGAAAGAUUAUUAUCAGUUUAAAGAACUACUGCUGGCUUUGAUCGUUGUGCUUUUUACUGUUGUACUGUUUGUUUUAUGGAAAAAAGGUCGCAAGGCCAAUCGGGAUGUACUGAUUGUGGGGUUGUGCGAUUCGGGUAAGACUGCUCUGUUUUCAUACUUGUUGUACAAUAAGCCGAUACAAUCUUUCACGUCUCAAGUGGAAAACAUUGGUGAAUUUAAAAGCAAGAAGAACUUAUUACGCAUUGUUGACAUUCCGGGACAUGAAAGAGUGUUCACAAAAUAUUGGGAUGCUUACAAGAUGAAUUGUAAAGGUGUUAUGUUCGUUGUGGAUUCAGAAACUGUUCAAACUGACAUUUGUGAUGUGGCUGAGUUAUUAUACAGAAUUUUAACUGAUGCAACGAUUCAGUCCAACAAGAGUAAAAUUGUAAUACUAUGUAACAAACAAGACAAAGUGAUGGCCAAGGGAUCAGAAGUAAUCAAGACUUUGCUUGAAAAAGAACUGGAUACAUUGCGGUUAACAAAAUCAAAUCAACUAGAGAGCAUUGAUGGUAAAAAGAAUAAGACCCUGUUGGGGAAAAAAAAGAAACAUUUUGAAUUUUCACAUUGUCAAAUGGCAGUAGAAUUUGCAGAAGUAAUUACUUCAUCUUCAGACGUAGUUCUAGAACCAAUUAAAGACUGGCUAGAAAAUGUUCAGUAAAGAUACAUUGUGUUACAAAUUUACAACAAUCUAUUAAUGUUUUCCAUUUUUAGAAUUGCAUUUAAGUUAAAAAAACUAAAAUUACUUUUUAGUUUUAUAUACUUGUUUUUUUCUAUAACCCUAUACUUAUAAUUUUAUUUUUUAUUCAAGAGAUAAAAAAGACUUCUUAUUCACAUAGGUGAAUCUAAAAUUAUUUCUGAUAUGUUAUUUGCUGUAAGUUGUCUUCAUGUAUAAUACAGUUUAUUAUUUUUAUUUUUUA